UGGCUUGGUCGCCCUCUAUAGGUUUCCCUAUUCGAGCCACUUAGCGACGGAACUUCAACGGCAGUACGGCUAUCGCAGCCUCUCUUGUUCUCGUGCCCAAUUCGGCGUUCCGUACACCUCUCUCAGCCCAACUUCUACGCCCGACUUUUGUUCAAAAGGUUUAACGUAGUAAUGCUACACGUUAUGUUGCUGAGUCUUGCAUAGGCAACUGCUUUUGUGUGAUAAGAGUUAGUGUGAAUUUCAAUUUUUAUAUAAGGCAUUGAUGGGCGAGGCAUCAGCGAUCUUGUAUUGAGAAAUGAAGCUUUCGCUAUGAAGUGAAUAUGGAGAUUCCUGGAAGAGCAUAGCGGAAUUUGGCAGUUGGCAUGCAGUUGUUAUAUAGAAGUAUAGGAGUGUAUCAGUUCCUUGAAAGUAGUUAGAGGGCUUGAAACUUGUGAAGCUGUGUGGAUCAGUGGCUGAAAACUUGCUUGACAUUGACAUAUUACAUCUUUGGUCUUGGGGUUGCAGUGAUAUUCACUUAGAGACGGCUUUAAAGAUCUCAAGGUUGCAGGAGCUGACCAUUUAUGUUUACCUUUUCCUGUUUGGUUACCAGGCUGAAUAUACUCCAUACUGUAUUUGAGCACUGGAAUUUUUACUGUAACCAGGAUGAGCAGAUCUAGUUGGCUAAAAGAAAAGGAUGAAAAAGGUAGUAGGCACUAUUGUGAUGAAGGAAGUGCUGCUCGGACAAGGCCUUUCAGCAUCGAAGAGAUUAUGCUUAGAAGGGAAAACAAGAAAUUGUCAGAAAAUGUGGAAGAGGUAGCUGCUGAAGUAGGGAACAUAUCAAGGGAAGGAAUUAUUGAGGAUGUUUCUGAUCGUUUUGAAUCUGAAAGGGGCUACAAAGAAAAUAAAGACACUUUCCCUACGGUGGAAAAACAUGUUUCUGAGAAAUCAGUGAAGGUAAGUUCCAGAAAAAAAGAAGAGAAUAGUUCCAUGAAGAAAGAUGCUGUAGUUAAGGGAAAGGACAGAGAAAGCUGUGAGUCAGAUACCAAACUGAAGGAUAAAAAGAACAAAGAUUUGAGCUCUGAAGCGAAACUAGGAAAAAAUGACAGACAAAUACAUGGUAGAAGAAAAGAUAAUGAGUGGUUAACUGAUGAUUCUGCAAAUGAAGCUGAUAAGAAGCUUUCAAGAGAUUUGGCCUCUAAAGAUAGACAUGCGGAUAGAAGUAGAGGAAAGUCUGAAAGAGAAAGCAAGAGAAAAUAUAGAAAUGGGGAUGAUGAGAAAAAUAGAGACUGGAACACUGUGAAGAAACAUGAUCAAGGGAAACAUCGUGACUUGGAUGUUUCGGAGAGAAGAGAGAGGAAGGAAUUAUCAAAAUCACGCUUUGAAGAAUCAAGGUUGAAAAGGAGACGUUCAAGGAGUCAAGAACGUGAGGCCAGAAGUAGAAGGUCCAAUUCAAUAUCACCAAGGGCACACAAGCCUAAAUCUCAUCAUGGCGGGGAGCACAGAGAGUUUUCCUCACAUUCUCUUAAGGAUAGGUCUGGAAGACAGCAUUCUGAUAUUGACAGAAACAGAGUAUCAAGUAAUGGUUCGAGUAGCCAUUAUCAGCGACAUGGAGGAUAUACAAGUAGGCUUGGUGGCUAUUCACCAAGGAAGAGAAGAAUUGAGUCUACUGUUAAGACCUCCUCCCCAUCUAGUCGUUCACCAGAGAAGAAAAGUGCUGGAUGGGAUCUCCCACCCGUGGGAACAGCUGCCAUUUUUUCUGGUCCAGUUACUUCUAAUGCUCAGUCAUCAAACCAGGAUGUAGCCUCAACUGUAAAUGAGAUUGCUAAUGCUGUUUCUGUUUCUUCAACGGCAAUGAUGUCUCUUUCUGGGGUGUCUAAUGCUUUGUCAACAAAGACGAAUGCCCCAAUUGAUUCUGUUCAACUAACUCAAGCUACCCGGCCUAUGAGGAGGCUUUAUGUAGAAAAUAUACCAUCUUCAGCCUCUGAGAAAGCUGUAAUGGAAUGCUUUAAUAAUUUUUUGCUGUCUUAUGGUGCUACUCGUGUCCAAGGAACCCAGCCGUGUUUCAAUUGUGUUAUAAACAAAGAGAAAGGCCAAGCUCUUGUAGAGUUUCUUACACCUGAGGAUGCCUCUGCAGCCCUUUAUUUUGAUGGCAGUUUCUUCUCUGGGUCCAUUGUAAAAGUUAGACGACCCAAAGACUUUGUUGAAGCGGCAACUGGUCACCUGGAGAAAUCAGUGGCUGAAGUUGAUCCAAUAAGUGAUGCCGUGAAGGAUUCACCUAACAAGAUAUUUAUUGGUGGAAUUUCAAAGGCUUUUUCAUCAAAAAUGCUUAUGGACAUUGUUAGUGCCUUUGGACCUUUGAAGGCCUACCACUUUGAGGUAAAUGAAGAGCUUGGCGAACCAUGUGCUUUUCUGGAGUAUGUAGACCAAUCAGUUACUCUCAAAGCUUGUGCUGGUUUGAGUGGUAUGAAAUUGGGAGGGCGAGUACUGACUGUAGUUCAAGCUAUUCCUAAUGCAUCGUUCUCGGAAAAUGCUGGAUAUUCUCUUUGCCAUGGAGUCCCCGAUCAUGCAAUGCCACUUCUCAAACAGCCCACACAAGUACUAAAGCUUAAAAAUGUGUUCAAUCCAGAUGGUCUGUUACCACUGUCCGAGCAAGAUGUGGAAGAAGUUCUGGAAGAUAUACGGUUGGAGUGUGCAAGAUUUGGCACUGUUAAAUCUGUUAACGUUGUCAAGCACAGCAACAGUCUUAUCACCACCUCAGAAGCAUGUGAAGUUAUCAACAAUUCGGAAUCUACUGGGACCUGGCAAGACUUGCUGUGUGAUGACAAAAGGGCAGAAACAGAUGCUUCUUCAAGAAUAGAUGUUGCCUAUGAGCCCAGGCAAAAUAGCAUCGCAGAUUUUCCAAGUGAUGUCAAUGAACUUAAAGAAGAUGAAGGUGUGAAGGGGAAUUGCUUUAGUGACAAUAAACCUGCUGAUGAUCUUGGAGAGGAUAAGUCAUGCCAAAUGGGUCAGCUUGAUAGUAACAUGGUUAUUGAAGAUCUAGGCUGUGAGAAUGUAUCAGAUGGUGUCCCCGAAGAACUCCCGAACCAGCUGAACGGCGGUCAGAAAGAUCAAUUGGAAUGCCAUGAUGACAAGGUUGCUGAUAUUAUUCAAGCGAAGGACGUAACUUUGGAUGACGAGUUGAUGGCCGAAGAUCGGUCAACUUUGGAUAAAGCUGAUAGUAAGUCAAAGGAGGCUUCUGCUGGAUUGGAUGGCAGUUUGGCUAUGGAAUCAGAUGUUACUGAGAGGGGUGACAAUGAGAAACAGAAUUGUGAUCUUGGACAUGUAUUUGAGCCGUGGUGUGUUUUUGUGGAGUUUGGAAGAACAGAAGCCUCUUGCACGGCGGCACAUUGUUUGCAUGGGCGGCUUUUUGAUAACCGGAUUGUGACGGUGGAGUAUGUUGCUCUUGAUCUUUAUUGGGGAAAGUUUCCUAAAUGAAUCCUUUUGGAUUGCUAGUACUGGUUACGAUUUCCAGUGCCUUAAAUUUCCACAAAAAUACCAAUCUGACAACUGGGUCCUCCCUCGGUACACAUUUGUUUAUGAAUCGGGUCCGGGCUCAGUCGUUGGUUUCAGUUUAUAAAACAAUUUCAAAAUUUUGGAGCCAGCUAGUAAUACAUGUAAAAUCUUGACCGUGGCCCCAAGCAUGAGCUAAGGAAUGCGAAUCAAGUGAAAUCUUAUGAAAAUGCUUCAUAUUGGCCUUGUCUAGAAGGGUGCUUGGCUUUAGCUAGUUGCUGGAUGCUGCUUGAGCAUCUGAGAUGGAUUUACAUGCUGAGUUUCUUUGUUACCAUUUAGAAAGGAUGAUAAUGUUGGAUUUAAUAGCCCAAAUGAAAAGAUGUAGUUCCUCGGAUUUAUUUGAUUUUAAUUGCACUACUUUCAAAGUUUCAAUGAACGGAGGUAGGUGCGAUUUUACA